ACCUUCAUUAGUUUAUCGAACAACCGAAAAUGGCCAAAAAAUGAGAUCAAAUCAAGCAAGCUUCAACCACCACCGCUCUCAAACAGCUCACACAAACUAAACCAGCACCAAACGCCAACCCCCAUGCUUAAGGUACUAAACAAAAAAAAUCCACUAAUCAAAAGCGAAAUAAGAGGAGCACAGGAAGCGCAGCCCAGAGAACAAGAAGAGGACAGAGAGAGGGGGGGAGGGGGCAGGGCAGGGGAGAGAGACUGAGGACAAAUCCAAAAUACUCCGACUUCAUGUAAGCUGUAUCCAGCCGCUACAACCCCCCCCCCCCCUCCCCCUCGAUCACACACAACACAUUUCAUACGCACGCAGCUUUUGCCCUUGCUUCUUCCAUCACAAUGCCAUCUCCUCGCCAGUUCUUGCAGCUGCUGCUACCCAUCUUGCUCGCUACUUGCUGCGUCGAUGGCGCCAACGCUCCCGCUACAGCAAGGAGGCAGCUCCACCAGCCGUUCUUCCCGGAUCAGCCCGCGAAGCCGUCCGCAACGCCGCCGGCGCCGGCGCCACCGUUCUUUCCCACGCUGCCCGGGCCGCCCCCGCCGACGGGGUCGACGGGGCAGGAGCAGCCGACGUACCCAGCUCUAGUGCUCCCCAACACCGGUUCCAGCGGCGGGACACCUCCGGCCGGCGGCUCGCAUGGGUCCAAGAGGUCAUCCAAGCUCGUCCCGGCCAUACUGCUGCCGCUGCUCACGGUGGCCGUGCUUGGUUUGUCCAUCGUGUUCUUCUUCUCGCACCGCCGGAGCAAUGUAGGGCGUGGGGGAGGCGGCGGCUGUGUCGGUGGCGAGGAGGCCAAGUUCUCGCACCCGGAAAGGACGAGCCUUUUCGCGCGCGACGAGUUCGGCGGUAGCGGCGGGGCCGGGGCUGCGCCGGCGGCUACGUCGGCCGAGUUCCUGUACGUGGGGACGUUGGCGAGCAGAGCCGAUGAGAAGAGCAGCGACACGACGUCGUCCGGCGACGAGGAGUCCCGGAGCUCCGGCGGAUCACCGGAGCUCCGUCCACUGCCGCCUCUGGCGCGGCAAUGCGCGCCUCCGGCGUCGGGGAGCCCCGGCGGGUCCUCCUCCCCGUCCGGGGAGGAGGAAUUCUACUCGCUGCAAGGCUCGUCGAAGACGUCGAGCUCACGCAGGACUCUGGCCGCGGCAGUCGAGGCCGCCGUGGUAGCGCGCGACCGCUCGAGGGGCGGGUCACCCGGGUCGACCCUGAGCACGCCGUCGUACCCGUCGUCGCCGGGCGCGACGAUGUCCCCGGCGCCCGCCUCGCCGCCUGCUUUCUCCAGCCCUGGCGAGUCCGGCCGCCGCUCCGUCAAGUCAAGAUCGGAGAGCGCGCGCAUCGUCAGCCUCCCGGCGGCUCCGCCAACUCCACCCCCGCCUCCACCCUUCGCGCCGAUACUGCCACCACCGCCACCUCCUCGCCGGAAACCACCGUCCCCAUCACCACCAUGCUCUCCUCUCAACGACAAAUCACCUCUCAGAUCCACCACCGACGCCAUCUCAAGAAACCCAUUUGCCCAGCCACCAACCCCACCGACAAGCUCACAAGCUCCACCUCCACCUCCGCCUCCAGGCCCUCCGCCACCUCCUCCUCCUCCUCCGCCGCCGCCGCCGGUGGGCUACUGGGAGAGCCGCGUCCGGAAGCCCAACACGUCCAAAGAAACCCGUUCGCCGGCUCUGUCGCCGCCGCCCCAAGCUGCCAGCUUCAGGAGCGUUCCACCCACCGACGCGUUCCCGAGCCGGCUGCUGGAGAGUGCGUACCAGGGCGACAAGUCCGAGGAGACGACGCCGCGGCCGAAGCUGAAGCCGCUGCACUGGGACAAGGUCCGGGCCAGCUCCGAUCGCGUCAUGGUGUGGGAUCAGCUCAAAUCCAGCUCAUUCCAGGUGAACGAGGAGAUGAUCGAGACGCUGUUCAUUUGCAACCCGGCUAGUGCGGCGGCGAAGGAGGCGACGAGGAGGCCAGUGCUGCCGACGCCCAAGGCCGAGAACAAGGUGCUGGAUCCGAAGAAGGCGCAGAACAUUGCCAUCUUGCUGCGCGCACUGAAUGUGACCAAGGAGGAGGUCUGCGACGCUCUCUGGGAAGGUAACACAGAGAACUUCGGAGCAGAAUUACUGGAGACUUUGCUAAAGAUGGCUCCUACCAAGGAAGAGGAAAUUAAAUUGAGAGAAUUCAAAGAGGAGACCUCUCCGAUUAAACUUGGCCCUGCUGAGAAGUUCCUUAAGGCAGUCCUUGAUGUGCCUUUUGCUUUCAAAAGAGUCGAUGCAAUGCUUUACAUUGCGAACUUUGAUUCGGAGGUCAAUUACCUAAAGAAGUCGUUCAAUAUCCUUGAGACUGCUUGCGAUGAGCUUAGAAACAGCAUAUUAUUUCUUAAGCUACUUGAAGCUGUUCUGAAGACUGGCAAUAGGAUGAAUGUUGGCACAAACCGUGGCGAUGCACAUGCGUUCAAGCUUGAUACUCUACUCAAACUGGUCGAUGUCAAAGGCACUGAUGGAAAGACAACCCUUCUGCACUUUGUCGUGCAGGAGAUCAUCCGAUCAGAGGGCUCCCGCCUCUCUGCCAGCAACCAAACAACUCCAAGAACUCUUGCUAAUCCUCUACGAGAAGAACUAGAGUGCAAAAAGCUAGGCCUCCAGGUAGUGGCUGGCCUUGCAAAUGAGCUCGGCAAUGUCAAGAAGGCAGCUGCCAUGGAUUCCGACGUGCUAAGCAGCUAUGUUGCCAAACUUGCUGGAGGAAUAGAUAAGAUCACUGAGGUGCUGCGAUUGAACGAAGAACUGAAGUCAAGGGACGAUGCGUGGCAGUUCCACGAUAGAAUGCAGAAGUUCUUGAAGAAGGCAGACGAUGAGAUUAUCAGAGUUCAGGCUCAGGAGAGUGUUGCGCUGUCGCUUGUGAAGGAAAUCACCGAGUACUUUCAUGGGGACUCCGCAAAAGAGGAGGCUCAUCCUUUCAGAAUCUUCAUGGUCGUCAGGGAUUUCCUCUCUGUUCUUGACCAGGUCUGCAAGGAAGUCGGCAGAAUCAAUGACCGAACCAUCGCUAGCUCCGUGCGCCAUUUCCCGGUGCCCGUUAACCCAAUGAUGCCACAGUUUUUCCCGAGGAUUAAUGCGUUGAGAGCUGGAUUCUCCGAUGACGAGAGUUCAGCUACUUCAAUGUCAUCUCCGUGACCACUGGUAGUCUGCCAAUAUAACUUUUCGCGGACCAUCAGUAGAACACCGCCAUAGGGCAGAGGGAUAGAAAUUGUAGCGGGCUGUCCUUUUUUUCCCACUAUUUGUACCUGUAGAUUAUAGAAUGUACAAGAUUUGUGCAAAUAUUUAUUUCUAUAUAUAAGAAGGGGUAAAAUCUAGAUCA